CGUCAAUGUUCCAAGUUUCACUUCCACGUACGUAUACACACCAUUGUCACGUUUAUCAAGUGUAUACUGUAUACAUAAGCCAGUCGUUUGCGUGGUGGUGGGCCAUGAGCCUCCAGAGCAGCAGAAGAGUCGCGCGCUGCACCAUCCGCGCGUCUCUUCGUCUUCCCCUCUGGCCGACGUACCUCGGCCCCCGAUAUCGCGUCUCCGCCGCCUCCAUCAACUCCAACAAGCGAACGACGCUACGCUUCAGCUGCACCGCCAGCACCUCCUCUUCCUCACCCUCCUCGACAAGCACCACGCCUUUUGACGCCGCCGCCAGUCUCGUGGAAUCAUUGUCAUCGUCAUCUUCUUGUUUUCAGGCGCUCGCGUCGCGACAGGGAAACCAAUUCGCCAGCCCGCACCAUCACCACCCUCAGCGCCGGCGCCUCCGCGGCUUGUCACGACCUUUUUUUCGCCGUUCCUCGCAAGCGUUGUCGGCAUCGUCGUUGUCGUGGACUUGUCCGUCGCCCCAGCAGUCACGCACCAUCAUCACCACCACCACCUUCAACACCAACACCACCAUGGCCGGCCCAGUGACGGACACAGACGGAGGAGGCGGAGCAGCACCAGCAGCACCAGCAGCGGCCACGGGCAGCACCGGCGGCAACAUCACCGCCCGCGACAAGCUCCUCAUCCACGUCCCGCAGCCGCCGCCCCCGGGCUUCCUCGACGCGCUGGCGGCGCGCUUCCCGCAGCUGUCGGUGCGGUGGGAGAUUGCGGGCUUCGACCCCCUGCGCAGCGACCUGGCCAGCGCCGACACGCUGCCGCCCGAGGUCCUCGACGGCGUCACCAUGCUGUGCGCCUACCCGCCCGCCGCCGCCGCCGCCAUCCCCGACGUGCGCUUCGUGCAGCUCAUCUCGGCCGGCUCGGACCGCUGGGUCGGGCAUGACAAGUAUCGGGACCCCCGGGUCGUGUUUUGCUCGGGGAGCGGCUGCCACGCCCCCCAGAUCGCCGAAUGGGUCAUCGCCUCCUGGCUCGCCUCGGAGCACCACUUUGACGUCUACAAGCAGCAGCAGUUGCAGAGGCACUGGUCCGCCCGCGUCGCCGACCACCCCGUCACCGACUCCAUGGGCCGGCGCAUGGCCGUCUUCGGCUACGGCGCCAUCGGCCGCCACUGCGCACAGCUCGGCCGCGCCCUCGGCAUGGACGUCGUCGCCUACACGCGCCGCCCGCGCCCCACGCCCGCCUCGCGCCGCCUCGACCCGGGCUCCUACGCCGUCCCCGGCACCGGCGACCCGGACGGCGUCAUCCCCUCGCGCUGGUUCCACGGCGAGGACGACCCCGCCGCCGCACUCGCCGACAUGCUCCGCCUCGGCGUCGACCUGCUCGUCCUCGCCGUGCCCCUCUCCGACUCGACCCGCGGGCUCGUCGGCCGCCGCGAGUUUGACCUCAUGCGCGACGUUGCCGCUGGCGUUGCUGGCGUCGAUUCGGCGACCACUACCGCCGCCGCCGCCGCCGCCGCCACCGGUAGCGAGAGCACCACGGGACAGAAGGCGAUGCGCCGCCCCCCGCCGUUCCUGUGCAACAUCGCCCGCGGCCCCAUCGUCGAUUCCCUCGCCCUCGUCGACGCCCUGCGCGACGGCUCCCUUCGCGGCGCCGCCCUCGACGUCACCGACCCGGAGCCCCUGCCCGCCGACCACCCGCUGUGGACCGCCCCCAACGUCUUCAUCACCCCGCACGUCGCCUGGCAGUCGACCGGCAUCAUCGACCGCAUCGCCGGCCUGAUCCUCGAGAACCUGACGCGCCUGGACGAGGGCCGUCCCCUGCUCAACCAAAUCAAGAAGUGAAAGGGGGAGGGGUGGGGUGCUAGCUUGGGGACAGGCCCAGAAAAGAGAGGAACAGGUAGACAGGCAGCCGGCUCCGGAGGUACAUAUACAGGCCUAUACUUGAACGGCCCCCCUUCCUCAUGGUACGUUGGAAGGUGUCUUCUUCUUCUCCAUCAUCUUGUAUUUGAGACCCGAGGGGAGCUUUACCAUUAUCCUUACGCGCUGGUAUACAGGGCAUUGAUGCCCCCAUGCCAUCCACCCACCCACUCACUACAUAGGUAUAUAAAUGAUGUAUAAACCACAACAUGGAAACCCGCA